AUGAAGAUCAUCUUCAAUUUCCUUAUUUUAACUCUGUUCUCUUCUGUGAAAUGUAUGAAUAAUGAUGAUGAUGACUCAUGGAAAGAGCUAUAUUUUUCAUUAAGAACUGAUGGGAAUGGAACCAUAAAAAGUGCUCAUAUUCAAUGGACGGAUCGUUUUGAUGACACGUUUGCCUAUGCUUACACAAACGAAAACAGAUCGGAUCUGAAAUUUUUAUAUGACAAACCUCGUCCAGAACUGUUUGUCACUAAUAAAUUCAUCCUGGAAGCGUUCACUCAGUUCCUGGAUUUCUUUCAAAAUAGAACAAAAAUUUCAAAAGUAACCGUGACAAUUCCCUCGAUGACUGAUGACUUGAAGAAAGUGACAAAGAGAAAAAAUAAAUAUGCGACGAAGCCAGAAGUCGAUUCAUUUCGUUUCAACUCUUAUGAUUCAUUCCUCUAUACAGAGUUUUUGAGACUUUCGUCUGGAAUUCCAAAACAAUUCAAAAUUUCAUUUUUCUAUUUCCCGGAGAGAACUGAGAAUAUUCUAAAUGGAACUAUUUUGUACCAUCCAAAAGUCCGGAAAGUAACAGAAUUGGAUCUCCGAACUGUUGAAAGUGAUACGAGUGAUUCAGCAUUACAACAAUUGGAAUGUGAAUCUAUUAUUGUUCGAUCAUCAACUAUCACGAAUGCUGGAAUUAAUAAGGUUUUGAAGGAAUGGCAAGACGGAUUACGAUCUACUAGAUACCUGAAAGUGGUCAGUGAUGAUGUCCAGAAGGCGGAGAUUAUGGAUGGAGUAUCGAAGAGAACAUUGCAACGUGGCGUCUGGGAAAUCAAGAAUCGGUACAAUGCGUCAGCUACAGUAACCGUCAGUCGUGUUCCCACAAAUCUCUAUGACUCGAAACCAACCUUCGAGUUUGCUGUUUCUUAA